UUAUUGGAAUAUAAAGUAUGAAUAGUGUAUAAAGACGAGAUAAAGGAGAGAGUAUGCGUGGUGUUAUUGCGACAGAGCGGAGGAGCGAUAAGCCACAAACCGGUUGAAAUCCCCAGCUAUGCUUUCUGGGUAAAGUGCGCCCCGGUAUCCGCCCAUAUUCGCGUGAAGGAGGCCAACCUGAGCUGCAGCAGCGAGGCCGGACGCACGGACGCUGGAUCAGAUGGAAAGUUCAAUCGAUUAAAUUUGUCCACUUUUUUUUUUUUUAAUCGUCUACCCCCACCCCCCCACCCCGCCACACACACCACCACCACACCACCACGCAUGUUCCCCAGCUAGACCCCGACGAUAGAACGACUUUACAUGCGGGCGCUUCGGCGUGAAGAAGGAAAUGCGGAGAUCGUGUGAAAGCGGAGGAUUAUCAGCUUGACUUUAUUUCGGACGCGGAACUCCACUCGCUAAAAGGUGAAUUAUGACAGAAUAUAAGCUGGUAGUGGUGGGAGCUGGUGGCGUUGGCAAGAGCGCACUUACCAUUCAGCUCAUCCAGAAUCACUUUGUGGAUGAAUACGACCCCACCAUUGAGGACUCUUACAGAAAGCAGGUAGUGAUUGAUGGAGAGACGUGUCUGUUGGACAUCCUGGACACUGCAGGUCAGGAGGAGUACAGCGCCAUGAGGGACCAGUACAUGAGGACAGGGGAGGGUUUCCUCUGUGUCUUUGCCAUCAAUAACACCAAGUCCUUUGAGGACAUUCACCACUAUAGAGAACAGAUUAAGCGGGUGAAGGACUCUGAGGACGUCCCCAUGGUUCUGGUGGGGAACAAGUGUGACCUCCCGUCCCGGACAGUGGACACCAAGCAGGCUCAGGACUUAGCACGCAGCUACGGAAUUCCCUUUAUCGAGACCUCAGCCAAAACCAGACAGAGAGUGGAAGAUGCCUUUUACACUCUGGUACGGGAGAUCAGGCUGUACCGGCUCAAUAAGCUCAGCAAGGAAGAAAAGACCCCGCGCUGUAUCAAGCUUAAAAAGUGUGUUGUGAUGUGAAAAUGGGGCGUUGAUGAUGCCUUUUACACAUUAGUGCGAGAAAUCCGGAAGCAUAAGGAGAAGAUGAGCAAGGAGGGCAAAAAGAAGAAAAAGAAGUCCAAGACAAAGUGUACACUUAUGUGAAUAAUCACCCCUUUUCAAGACAGACUAAAAAAAAAAAAAAGAAACUAUGUUGAACAGUUCAAGUAAUACAUUUUGUACAUUACACUAAAUUAUUAGCUUUCUCAAUACCCACAAUACUGAAUACUAAACCUGACCUGAUUCUUUUCUGCCUUUCUGUUAUUUGCUACUUUGUCACCAAUAAGCUUUAUUUUCAGUUUUAGUGCCAGUUGCCCUCAUGUGUUGGUCCAGCCGGUUUGAUUCGGAUUCUUUUAUACAACUGCGGAGCAUGAGCUCAUUGCAUCAUAGCUCAUGCUUGACAAAUUAUUCCUUAUUAGCUUUUAAAAACUUUUUGUUUUUCCUUUGCUUAAAAGGGCACGACCUUCAAAAGUUGUGUGGUGCCCCUUGUUAAGCACGGGAUGCCAAAGAAAGGAUUUCCAUUCUGAUUCUCAAAGACAAAACAGACAUGAGGAAAGGACCAAGAUUCAGCCAGAUGAGAUCCAAAUGUCCCAGCCACUGUCUAAUGUCCCCAUUUAGUUAUGUCACUGAUAUAAGUAUGCAUGCAAACUCCUUUUUAACACCCUAAUUAGCUAUUAAUUCAUUUGUCAAUGCUUUGUACUGUGUGGGAGGUGAUUUCUUGCCUCCUAUGAUAAUUUUGUUUUUGCAUGCAUGUGUCCUAGGUGACAUGGGUAUUGCAAACUGCCUUUGGUUGAUACAUUUAACAGAGCCAAUGAACUCUGACCCAAGUGUAGCUUUUCAGGUCUAUAACCAAUAAUCAAUAUUUGCUGUUGUGAGACAGAAAUCAGCCAUUUUUAAGGUUGAUGUGUGAAAGAUUCAAAGAUCCCUGAUGGUCUGGAUUUUUACAAACUGGGAGGAGUCCUUUGCUGUUGCAGGGACUGAUGCCACGUCACAAGCUAAUGUUUGACUUUACUGGUUACAUAUUUCCUGCUUCUUUAUAUGCGAAGGCUUGACUGCAGGACUGUUUUUAUUCAUCCUGACAAAUCUUUUUAUUCGUAGUUACUCCAAUUUGUCACUCAAAUUUAUCAAACGUUUAACACUUCUCCUGAUCGAGAACAUAGUAUUCAAACAGUGUUUGUUAGGUUAAAUACAUAAUUUCAAGGAUAUGCGGUUCCCCAGUAGCCGGCCACAGAGGCGUAAGGCCGUUGCCCGUUUUCCUAAGCCGUCGACUCGUUCGCUUGUGACUGGCUAGAAAGCAAAUUGCAUCUUUUUAAGCAGCUUUCAGGAAUAUUCUUCUUGGUUUGGUAUCACAGAGGUGGUUCGGAUUCUUCCUUAUGUGUUCUGUGUUUUUUGGAUUCAUGUCCACAAGUGUUGGAAUAUUUUUUUUAGGGUGGGGCUGCCUUUCAACAGAAACGAUAGUCGAGCAGAGUAAUUUGUCAUUUUCUCCCACAAAGCUCACGUAUCGUAGUGAUGUAACAGGAACUAAUAUUUGUAAACGAGGCAAUAAUUGCCAUAAAAUUGUUUUUUAGAGGAGAUUGUCUAAAUUUAUUAAAAGUGCUAGUUUCUUUUCGAGGUCAACCCAUAUUUCACCUUUUCCGUCGUACUUACAAGCGGUUCCCUGGGGGGAUGUUUAUUUGCCUUUUAUUGUUUGCAUUAGGUGCUACAUUUAGACGGCAAAAAGAGCCGAGACAACAUUCACUGUGUCUUGUGUGUGUGUGCGCUCAUGAAAUACACAAAAUGCUGUUUUAGGGGAGUGAUGGUAUUGACACAGAAAAUCCAGACAUGAUACAUUUUGCUUUCAGGAUUAAUGAGUUUUGACCCAAUUUAUUAUUACCUCCUUUUUUUUCAUGAAGUAGAUGAUAACUGUUAAUGCAAUUUUAAUUAAGGAACCCUCUUGUUAACAAUACUGUUUCAAAAGUAGUUUUACUGAAAUGUUUGAAAUGUUCCUCUUCCUUUAUUGCGUGCCAAGAGCUGAUUUCUGAAAUGUAUCAUUUAUACCUGGAUCGUAUUUUAACAACCUUUGUAUAGUUGUGAUACUGAAAGGUGCAUAUUUUGUAAAUUGUGCUUCAUUUCGUUGGUGUGUCUAGAUGAAUGUUGCUUUAAUGGAGUUUCACUCCGCUCUGUGUAUGUGACUACAGUGUGACUGGGUCCAGGUCUGGGGAAGUGAAUGAAUGACCACUUUACAACACACUUGUUGUGGGCAGUGGUAAUCUGAUCUCAAAUGAGUCUAUUUUUUGCCAUGAAUCUCACCACUCCUAUUUAAUGUGUAAUAAAGAACAAAGUAAAGAGGAA